UUUAUUGGUCAUCAUCCCCCCAUAUAUACAGGUUCCUUGUAGUCGACAACCAAGCUGCAUAGCUCUCUCCUCCUUUUCACAGCCACAUUUCUCUGCUUCUUCCUGGAAGCAGGAAUUAUAAGAUAGAGGACAUGGAAGAAUCAAGUAAGGGAGCCAAAAGGAACAGGCAGAGAUCUUCCAGUUCCAUGGCAGGCUAUUUUCACGAUCCAUGCCAAAAUUUUUCUGCACCUAGAGACCAUUUUUGCCAGUCUUCUAACUUCACGCAUGCAACUUCACCAAAAGCAACAGCAGUGGAACAGCCACUAAAGCAUGGGCGCGAUUGCUACUACAUCCAGUCUUCUUGGCCUCCAUCAAUAAGCAAAGGUCUUGCAGCAUCUCCUGGCAAAAUUGACAAAAUUAAGACAAGUCACAAUUCCCAACGAAGUGGCUGGAGUGUUGCCUGGCAAUGGUCAAGAACGCGCCAAAGCAUAAUCAGAAAAAAUAAUGCAACCGACUUUCUAAGUACAAGGUCUUUCAAUGGAUAUCCCCAGGAAAUUACUUUUGAAGCCAAUUGCUCACAAGAAAACUCAAGGAAAGAAAUUGAUCCUAUAAACCCGGAUAAUUUCUCCCAAUCCGGCUACAGUUAUGGAUAUUUCAGCAAUGAUAUCCAACAUAGUCAUAGCCAGCAGAAGAGGCUUAGCAUGAGUGUGCACAGGUCAAGCACAAGCCUCAGUCACAAGUACCAGCCAAAGAGUUUCCAGCAGCUAGUAGGCCAUGAAAUUAACAUUAAGGUCAUAUCUAAUGCUAUUCAGGGGAGUAAAGUCGCCCAACUGUAUCUUUUUCAUGGUCCUAGUGGCACUGGAAAGACAUCAAUUGCUAGAGUAUUUGCCAUGGCAUUACUCUGUGAAUCUACUUCACCUGAAAAACCAUGCUGGACUUGCAGAGGAUGUAGUAGAAGCCUUUAUAUGAUGAAAUUGUGCUCUGGAAAUAGAACCACUGGAUUUCAAAGAAUUAGUACACUUCUCCAGCGCACGUCAUUGGCACAAGCAGUGCCAGGAUUUAAGGUCUUCAUAAUCGAGGAGUCUCAUUCACUGACCGUAGAAGCGUGGGAUGAUCUUUUGGGUAUAUUAGAAAAUAUAAACAGUGCUACUUUCAUUUUUGUGUUGAUUGCUGAUGAUGCAAACACGAUUCCAGAAUCCAUAUCAUCCAAAUGUCAGAAAUUCUCUUUCCCAAAACUUAACAACAAGGAUGUCGCAUUAAAGCUAGCAAGAAUAGUCGCUCAGGAGGCAAUUACAAUUGAAAAAGACGCUGUGGGACUGAUUGUUGCCAAGGCAGAAGGAUCACUGAAAGAAGCAGAACACAUAUUGGGUCAGCUAAUUUUAUUGGGUCCAAGAAUCACUAGUUCCAUGGUGCAACAACUUGUAGGUCUAGUUCCAAAAAGUAAACUCACCAAUUUACUCAAAGCAGCUCUUUCCGGAGACGCUAGGAAAACUGUUAUCACGGCAAAGGAAUUGAUUGCAUCUGGGGUUGAAGCUGAAGUCAUUGUAUACCAAUUGACAUCCCUCAUUACAAAUAUACUUACUAUCACUAGUCCUGCUCACUCAGGAAUUGAUGGGCCAUCCAAAGAUGAGGAAUCGCUAGAAACUGAAUCACAAUUCAAAGACACUCAAUCAGAGAACUUAUGCCAUGCGUUAAAGAUAUUACUUGAAGCGGAGAAGCAGCAUAGAUCAUCUUUUGCCAACAUUACAUGGGUAUAUAGGGCUCUUCUACUGAUUGCUUCGCGAGAUAAUUUCACGUCAACUAGGAAGAGAAAUGGUCCAAGGAGCAUAACUGAGAAACCAUAUAAAAUUCCUGCAGGCGACACAAUCCAAUCUCACAGCAGAAACUUGGCAAGUCAUCAUUGCAACAUUAAGACUUGCGUGCAACAAAGUACACGCAGCAGAGACCUAAAGAUAAAAUCCAAGGGGAAAGGAGUUGAGAGUGAGCUCUACUUAGCUAACACGAAAGACAUGGAUGAGAUUUGGUUGAAUAUUCUUGAAAGAAUAGAAAGCAAAGAUAUGAAAGAAUUCUUGUCCAGCCAUGUGAAGCUUGCAUCAUUAACAGUAUCCACUGCCAAUGUCAUUGUACAUUUGAUGUUCAAAAAAGCUGAAGACAAGCUGGCAGCCCAGAUGUCUGAAGAAAGCAUUUCGAAAGCUUUAGAAACUGCCAUUGGGUGCUUGGUUUUGGUAAAUAUGAGCUUGGAGCCAGUUGACUUAGGAAUCAUCAAAGAAGAUACACUCUUCCAAAAACUACCAGCCAGCAGAAUGCAAUCAUCCAAGAGAACGGCAUAAAAUUCAUUUCCUGAGAUUUUACACAACACAAGUCCUGGAGCCACAUUGCACCAAAGUAUAUAUAGGAAAUUGGAACCUCCAUUAGUUAACAAUGCACAACACGCUGAACUGAAAGAUAACACAUUAAUAUCGGAAAUGCAAGCAACAAGAGAAACAAAGACACGCAGUCAGAUUUUACCCUGUUUUGGACCUCUGAUGCAGGAGAACCAAAUGAGAGCCUCCACAGGUCCCACAAACAAUUCUUUGGGGAAGGAUCAAUUUUUGCUAGAUAUAGCCCAGAUAUUAAGAAAUGAAGAGCCUGAACACAAAUGGUUGUCGUUGUCCUUUUUUCAGCAAAAUGAUGCAAGUGUCGAGCCAUACAGCCAAGAUAUCCUGUACGAAAAUGCAAAUGGAGACAAAGAGAAUAGAGCGAAAAAAGACCCAGAGCUCCGAAAAAACUCCUCCAAAGUUCAUGAAGUUAAUAAUUUGCACAAGAACAGAGAAAGCAUGUAAGCAGGAAAACACAUGAUAUUUUUCUGUCUUUUUCUUUGGCAUUUAAAUAUAGAAAAAUGAAGUUGAUCCUCUUUCUCUCUUUCCUAUAAUUUUGAACAGGGGAUUAUUCCGCUCUUGGAGUUGCAAGGAGGUGUUUUGUCAGAAGAAGACAAGAAGAAAGAAUCGUCCAUUAGCAUGAUUGUUAAAAAAUAACAACGCGUAUAUAUCUUGGAAGUAAUCCAAACUGGUCCUCCGCCAAAGCUGUGCUUCCAGAAAUAGUGUCUAUAUCCAUUCAUAAAACACUGUUUGCCUGAGCUCUAUAGUAACAUUGUCUGUCUAUUAGUAUCUUCGAAAUCUGAAUUUAAAAACCUGGCAAAGUAUACAUGUGAAUUUCAUUCCUUUGCAAUGGUUUACACUUCACAAUUUCUCAGAGAUCCAUCAACUUUUUCCACCGCCCACGCAAUACUACAAGGCAAAAGCUCCAUCUAUUGAAAUGGAUCCACAUUUAAGGUCUAAUUUAA